GUUGCCAGGAAACGGUGGGCUCACCUCUCCUUCUCUCCCACUCUCUGUCCGUCCGUCUUCCCUUUGGAUGGAUGCUGCUUCUCGAUCCUGGUGGUGUUGGCUGCAGCUCCGAUGACGAGCCACGGUAUCUGCGACUCUAUUCGUGAAGCUCGUGAACGCCUCGCUCGGCGGAUUCACCGAUUUAUCCCAUGUCUCGCUGAUCCCGGCAGGAGAGCUUCGGUGGGGCUGAAGGCGGCGCUCGUUGCCAUACAUUUGGUCUUCGUUGGCGUUCUGUUUCUUUUCGACGGAGAUCUGAUCAAUGCAACUCGAAGCAGGCCAUGGUAUACAGCAAUAUACCUGUUACUAUUUGUAGUAACAUUGGCUCAAUAUUUCUAUACAUCUUGCUCUUCCCCAGGAUAUGUUCUUGAAGCAAUGAGAGCGAUGGAGGAGAUCCAAAUAAAAACAUCAAAAAAUUUUAGGCAGUCUGCUUCAAUUAAAGCUGGGAGCCAGAGUCAUCCUGUUGAUAGUCGGCAAUCAGGAUGGAAUUAUUCUGAACUCAAUGCAACAGCUUGGAUGAAGUUGGUCAUGGAUUUGUAUCCACCUGGCUCACAAAGCAGAAACUGGACAUGCGCAUAUUGCAAUCUUCUGCAGCCACCACGUGCAAAGCACUGCCAUGAUUGUGAUAAAUGUGUUCUUCAGUUUGAUCAUCAUUGUGUUUGGUUGGGAACAUGCAUAGGUCAGGGUAACCAUUGUCGGUUCUGGUGGUAUAUUUUGGAGGAGACCAUAUUAUGCAUUUGGACUGGUGUAUUGUACAUCACAUAUUUGAGAACCAAUAUCGCAGCUGAAUGGUGGAAGGACGUAAUCAUGAUAUUACUGCUGGCUGUGCUGUCAAUUUCUCUGAUAUUCCUUCUUCUGCUGCUAUUUUUCCAUAGUUACCUGGUGCUUACGAAUCAGACUACUUAUGAACUUGUCAGGAGGCGGCGUAUUCCAUACCUCAGAGGCAUACCAGACAGAGUUUAUCCAUUUAGUGAAGGUAUCUGCAGAAACCUGUUCAACUUCUGCUGCUCGUGCAGCAAAGGCUAUAUCCUAGAAGCAGUGCCAACUGCUGAAGAAAUUGAAGCCCAGGCAAGACCAUAUACAUGUUGGGAUGUCAUGGCUUGCCGUUGCUGUUGAUCCUAUGCAUCUUUGUAUCAUAAUCUUGUCACGAGAGCAAAGUAGCGAUCCUUCUUGGGUUCUUACGAGCUAAAGCAUUUUUUAUGCUAGCUUUUUUUGGUUGGCAGUGUGGCCAUGUUUAUUAUUAUUUUUUCUGUUUCCUGUUUAUUUCCUCUUCAAUCAUGGAAGUUUUGAGUGUAAGCUGCUUGGAUUCCUGCAGAAUUGUUGCAGAGAUAAUUUAUCAGAACAUGCUUUUUCAUAUUUUAUAGUC